GCGCCUGACACUUCCGGCUCUGUCUCCCGUCCCUUUCUCAGCCGGCGGCCUUAGGGGCACGAUGAAGAGGGAGGGUGGUCCUGCCACUCCCGGGCGGCCGCGGGCGGGAGACGCUGCCGAAGGACCCUAGAUGCCUCUCUAGAGCAUGAGCUCGGGCAAAAGCGCCUGGUACAACCGCUUCUCUGGUGGACCUUCCAGUCUUCCCACCCCAGACAUCACCAUCGGGACCAGGAUGGAAACGACUUUCGGGCCUGCCUUUUCGGCUGUCACCACUAUCACCAAAGGCACCUGCUGAGGAUGAGGCGUUUUCCAGUUGCCCCCAGCCCAGCCCCAGCCGAGUUGCCAUCAAACCCAGAAGGAGGCAGUGGGAGCCAGCAUGGCGGAUGGGACCAGCACAUACAAACAGCACCGCAGGACACCCUCCUCUUCCAGCACCCUUGCCUACUCCCCUCGGGACGAGGAGGACAGCAUGCCCCCCAUCAGCACCCCACGCCGCUCUGACUCGGCCAUCUCUGUCCGUUCCCUGCACUCCGAGUCCAGCAUGUCCCUGCGCUCCACGUUCUCGCUGCCCGAGGAAGAGGAGGAGCCGGAGCCACUGGUGUUUGCGGAGCAGCUCUCGGUGAAGUUGUGCUGCCAGCUCUGCUGCAGUGUGUUCAAGGACCCUGUGAUCACCACGUGUGGGCAUACAUUCUGUCGAAGAUGCGCCUUAAAGUCAGAGAAGUGCCCCGUGGACAACGCCAAGCUGACGGUGGUGGUGAACAACAUUGCCGUGGCCGAGCAGAUUGGGGAGCUCUCCAUCCACUGCAGGCACGGCUGUCGGCCAGCAGGGGUCGGGAAGCCCACUGUCUUUGAGGUGGACCCCCGAGGGUGCCCCUUCACCAUUAAGCUCAGUGCCCGAAAGGACCACGAGAGCAGCUGCGACUACAGGCCCGUGCGGUGCCCCAACAACCCGAACUGCCCACCCCUUCUCAAGAUGAACCUGGAGGCCCAUCUCAAGGAGUGCGAGCACAUCAAGUGUCCCCACUCCAAGUACGGGUGCACAUUCAUUGGGAACCAGGACACAUAUGAGACGCACCUGGAGACCUGCCGCUUUGAGGGCCUGAAGGAGUUCCUGCAGCAGACAGAUGACCGCUUCCACGAGAUGCACGUGGCGCUGGCUCAGAAGGACCAGGAGAUCGCCUUCCUGCGCUCCAUGCUAGGCAAGCUCUCAGAGAAGAUUGACCAGCUGGAGAAGAGUCUGGAGCUCAAGUUUGAUGUCCUGGAUGAAAACCAGAGCAAGCUGAGCGAAGACCUCAUGGAGUUCCGCAGGGAUGCAUCCAUGUUGAACGAUGAGCUGUCCCACAUCAAUGCACGGCUGAACAUGGGCAUUCUAGGAUCCUAUGACCCACAGCAGAUCUUCAAGUGCAAAGGAACCUUCGUGGGCCACCAGGGCCCUGUCUGGUGUCUCUGUGUCUACUCCAUGGGGGACCUGCUCUUCAGUGGCUCCUCUGACAAGACCAUCAAGGUGUGGGACACAUGUACCACCUACAAGUGCCAAAAGACGCUGGAGGGCCAUGACGGCAUUGUGCUGGCACUGUGCAUCCAGGGGUGCAAGCUCUACAGCGGCUCAGCAGACUGCACCAUCAUUGUGUGGGAUAUCCAGAACCUGCAGAAAGUGAACACAAUCCGGGCCCAUGACAACCCUGUGUGCACGCUGGUCUCCUCGCACAACAUGCUCUUCAGUGGCUCCCUGAAGGCCAUCAAGGUCUGGGACAUCGUAGGCACUGAGCUGAAGCUGAAGAAGGAGCUAACGGGCCUCAACCACUGGGUGCGGGCCCUUGUGGCUGCCCAGAGCUACCUGUACAGUGGCUCCUACCAGACAAUCAAGAUCUGGGACAUCCGGACCCUCGACUGCAUCCAUGUCCUGCAGACGUCUGGUGGCAGUGUAUACUCUAUCGCUGUGACAAAUCACCACAUUGUUUGUGGCACCUAUGAGAACCUCAUCCACGUGUGGGACAUCGAGUCCAAGGAGCAAGUGCGAACCCUGACAGGCCACGUCGGCACUGUGUAUGCCUUGGCGGUCAUCUCGACGCCGGACCAGACCAAAGUCUUCAGCGCGUCCUAUGAUCGGUCUCUCAGGGUCUGGAGUAUGGACAACAUGAUAUGCACGCAGACCCUGCUGCGGCACCAGGGCAGCGUAACUGCGCUGGCUGUGUCCCGGGGCCGGCUCUUCUCAGGGGCUGUGGACAGCACUGUGAAGGUUUGGACUUGCUGACAGUACAGGCCAGCUCUUGGCUUCUUCUGGGCCCACCCUAGGCCUCUCCACGCCAGGCUGGCCACAUGGAUGGUAUCAGGAUCUCUGCCUGCCCAUUUGGGGAUAGGCAGGCUCCGCUGGCCAGGCAGUGCCCUCCUGAUCCUGCAUCUGGUGAGCGUCCCUCUCUGCCUGGUUCUGUCAUCAUCGCUGCUAGGACAGUGCCCAGCCCCUCUUUCUACACUCCAGCUAUCAUGCUCGUCCGGCCCGCCCUCCAUCCCCGUUCCUGAUGGACUGCAGGGCCUUUGUACUCGACUUUUCUAUUGUUUUUAGACUGUACAUAGAUUUGAUUACUUUCUGAUUGAAAUAAAAGCUGCACAGCUCUGA